AUGAAUUUUGACGCUUUCAGGAACAAAUUGUUGUCAAAACCUAAAUAUGAAUUUCGAGUUGAAGUUAAUCAAAGAUGUCUGAUCGAUAAAAUGUUAGCAAGAUAUUCAUCUGAAUUUGCAGUAUUCAGAGAAUUAUUACAGAAUUCAGAUGACGCAAAAUCAUCAGCUGCCAAAAUCGUAUUUAUGGGUACUAAUGGUGGGACUCAUUCGAGAAUGCUCUUUAAAAAUAAUGGGUUUGUUUUCCGGCAACAAGAUUGGGACAGACUAAAGAAGAUUGCCGAAGGAAACCUCGAUGAGCAGAAGAUUGGUGCUUUCGGUGUUGGAUUUUAUUCAGUGUUCUCAAUUUGUGAAGAACCAUUCGUAUCUUCCGGAAAGCUUGGUAUGGCAUUUCAUUGGAAAGGUGACCAGUUACUUGUAAAUCAUGGCCCCAUCGAUAACAGCGACACCAAGUGGACCACCUUUUUAUUAGAUAUGAGAGAGCAUUUGAAGUUUCCUGACUUGGACGAACUCGGUCGUUUUCUGGCAACUGCAUUGGGGUUUACAGCCAAUCUUCGCAAAAUCUCGGUAUAUUUUAAUGAGGAUCGCGUGAUUCGUAUCUCGAAAGAAGUUAAUCCCCCUCGACCAAUUAAUAUUAGAUCUGACAUAAAUAGCGAGUCUCCAAAAAAAAUGUUUAAGCUUGAAUCAGUCAAUGUGCAAACUGUUAAAUUUGAUGCCUAUAAGACUGUUAUUCCCCAUGGAACAGUAUCACUCAGCAACUGCCUAAAAAAAAGUGCGACUGUAUGCUUUCAAAUCGCUAGCGGAAAUCUAAAAGCUCAGAUCGAUGAUAAUUUUUCAUCAGAAAUGGAGAGAUUAACAAAGAAAAAACCACCAGGUCAAACUACUAUUCAAAUUAUUCUUCCUGGAUACAAAGACUUGGAAUUUUCUGAUGUGGUGGAUAAAAAACCUUUGUCUAAAUUAAUCUCUCGUUUGAGUACUACAAAAAAUAAACAUACCAAUAUCGACGACGAUUUUUCUUGUGCAUUCAAUUAUAACAGUACAGAUGAAUCUUUUGAUAUUUUCAAAGACUUGCUACCAUUUCCUGAACAAGGAAGAAUCUUUAUUGGUUUUAGAACACAUCAAACAACUGGUUAUUCUGUGAAUUUAGCAGCUCGAGUUAUACCAACAGUCGAGCGUGAAUCGAUUGACUUGGCUCAAAAAACUCUUACCAUAUACAACACAGAAAUGCUGUGCUUAGCAGGAACAUUAUGCCGCCUGCUAUAUGAAGAUGAGAUGAAUCAAAUCUCACAAUUGUACCAAGUUGAAUCCAAUAAUGAUAAAGUGAUGCUCAAAAAACGUUCAGCACAUGCUCUCAAACAUUUUACCUUCAAUUCAAGCACCCCAGAUAUUAAAGUAGGAAACAUAAUAGAGACCCAAUUUUACAAAUGUUGUUCAUCUCCAUUGUCUAUUUUGUCUACUCAUGGUGUCAAAGCCAUCAAGGUUGUACGGUUACUUAAUCCAGAGAUGGCCACGUUUAUUAAAACUGUUCCGGCCGUUCCAAAAGUCAUAGAAGAUCAAUGUGCAGAAUAUUUUAAAAGAGCAAAUACUAUCUUGAAAAUCAUUGAAAAGGCUUCUAUAAGUGACGUAUUUGAGGAAUUGAAAAAUCGAACUCGGAAUCAGUGUGAGAUGAGUCAGAAUGAAAUGGUAGCUCUGAUGAAUUGGUGGAUAAUAUUCCGUUGGAGACAACAAAAUUUUCCGAAAUCAGUUUAUGACAAACUAAUGCAGCUAGCCGUUGUACGAAUUGAAAACAAGAACGUUUGUCUGAAAGUUAUUCGUUAUUUCCAAAAUCCAGAAGUCAUUAGACCAGGAUUGGACAUCCCACCAGAAGUAUUACCGUAUGCUAUUAGUAAAUAUUUCGAUGGUAGAGAAUUACAAAAAUCGUUCAACUGGACUGAGCUCACUUUGGUUACAUGGACUCAGUACAUUAUUAAAAAACACAACCUGAAAUAUGAUCCAGUUUUUGCAGAGAAAUUUAUAAAUGUCCUUUCACAAGGCUUCAAAAGUUUAGAAAUGAAAGAUCGAUCUACUAUAUGCCAAUUACUGUCUGAAAUCGAAUGUAUUCCAACUCAAUUUGGUAUGAAAAAACCUAAAGAAUCCUAUUUUCCUGAUGAGACGUUAUUUUCAGACUUGCCCAAUGUUAGCAUAAACGUUAAUGAAGAAUUUUUCACAAUGUUGGGAAUACAUAAGCACGUAGAAUUGGAACGUGUUUUCGCUCGACUUGUUAAUAGCAAAAAUUUGAAUCAUAUGAAACUUUUAGAAUACUUCACAAAGCGUGCGGGGGAUCUUAAUGACACUAAUAUAGAUAAAUUAAAAAAAGCUCCAGUUUGGAUAAAAGAGUCUGCUGGCAAUAAUAAGUUAGAGAUUAAUGCUCGAAGAUAUCUGGCAAGAGAAUUGUACGUACCAAGUGAUAAAAAUAGAGAUCUCGAGUUGCCAGUAAUUCAGUGGGAAGGGGAUUGGAACAAACAUUCGGAAGAAGCCAAAUUUAUCAAUAUGCUUGGACUGCAAGAAUAUCCAUCUUUUCAAACUAUUAUGAAACUUAUGACAGAUAAAUCUUUCAGUCUUCGCGGAAAGGCACUUAAAUAUUUUGUCAACAAUUUUAAUAAGAAAUAUUCGAUAGCAUACAAACCAAGUUUAGUCCAAGAAAAAUUUUUACCAUGCGCUAACUCUAACGUUUACGCAAAACCAUCAGAAUGUUAUUCAAUUCCUGAUUGUGCAAAGAUGGGGUUUAAUGUUUUACAUCAAGAUUGGCGCCUUUGGGCUGGCCAAUUGGGAGUCAAACAACACCCUGAUAACCUGUUGCUGUUAAAUAAAUUGGAACAAAAUCCUCCAAGAAAUACAGAUGAUGCGGAAAGAAUCUUUGGAUACUUGGCAACGCGUAGUGGUUACUUUCUCAGUUCUAAUUGGACAAGACUUCAGAAUAUUGCAUUCAUACCCGUCCAAGAUGAAGUUUCACCAUAUAGAACUAUUUAUUAUAAAUCGAAAGAUUGCCUUUUCAAAUCCUCGAAAGAAAUUUAUGCAGAUUUGUUUCCAUGUGUUGACUUUGGUUACGAUGCGAAUAAGUUUCUUGAAAGUUGCGGCGUAAAACGAGAACCAUCUGCGUCGGAUUUAGCUGAAUGUCUCACUAGGUCAUCUCAGAAAUUUUGGUCAAACCUGAAUGAUAAGAGUCAAUACAUUGCUAUCCUACAAACCAUUGCGAACAAUUAUGGAUCUAUCAAUUAUGAAACACUUAAUAAAAUGAGACGAUAUCCAAUUUUGAUGGGCGUAAAAAAGCAUGAUAAGUCCCCCGAUAUUUAUUAUUUAGCCAGUGCUAGCAAUAUUUUUAUAAAUGAUAAUGAUAAGUAUAAAGACAUGUUUAAUCCGUUUACCUGCCCAUUCGACGAUAAAUUGGAAUUAUUUUAUCAAGAUUUGGGAUGUCAAUCCCUUGAUGCUAGCGUUACAGAAGAACCUCAGCGUAUAGGAAUAAAGAAGGAUUCGAGUAUUUCUAGUGCUGUGAAACAAAGAAUUAUGGAGCGUAUACCCGGGUAUUACUCUAGUAUUAUAAAUGGUAAAUUUAGAGUUGAUGAAACGUGGAUACAAAGAUUAAAAGUUAGAGUAGUUGAUCGAAUAGAUAUGAAUUAUAAGCUUAUUACGACGCAUCAGAAUCAGAUAAAAACUGCCCAAGCCUCCGCUUGCAUUUCGCAAAAUGAGAAUUCAUUUAUUCUUUAUAUUACUAAUGAUAAUAAUGAUAUUAAUUACGCGGACAUCGCAACUUCUUUAACUAAGCAUAUUCACGAGAAACCUAAUAGACAAAAUCGUAUAAAUUUGUUCACUUAUUUGACUUCUUCGCUAGAAAAUCUGCGACGACUUGGUUAUCCUACUGAAAAGGUAAAAAUCACUGCUGCUGCACCAUCACUACCUGUGUCAGGAAAAACAUUAUCGCCUGUAGCAGUACCAGUGCCUACGAAUAUAUCCUAUGAUGAAUUAGAGAAAAAGUUAUUUAACGGGAUUAAUUCUUGCAAGUCAAAUGGUCAAAAGCAUGUCCCACGAGAUAAUAGCCCUGUGAUUGAAACCACAGUACCUGAGAGUCAUUAUGAAUCUCCGUUAAAAUAUGUCAAAACUUUGAAUUCAAUUGAAUUUCACAUUCCAGAGAGUUUGAAUCCUUAUAAUAUUCUAAAUGCUACUAUGGAAAAACAAUUAAAAUGUUUCAUUGAUGUUCUUAUCAGACAGCACCCUGUUUUUUAA